UGUUUUGGACAUGUAGAGGUGAAGGUGUUGGAGUCUGGACAGCUGAGCUGAGGUCUCACACCAAACUCCCUCCAGAAAUCCAGGAAUUCUUCACUUUCUACUCCGAUGUGCAGCUCUGGCUCCUUUUCUCCGUCUGUGUCGAUAAAGCUGGUUUGAAUUUGAAAUAUGUAGUCAAGACUAGCUCCGCCUCCCUCCACCUGGAACCAGGUGAAACAGGGAUGACUGGUGUAGAAGAGGAGAGAGGCAGACAGUGGGACGAAAGAGAGGAGCUGAGAGAAGAAGUCGGAGGAGAACGAGUGAGGGGACCAGCUCCCCUGGGCUCUCCUGGACUCUCCUGGACUCACCUUUCAGCUCCAGCAGCACUUGCCUCACCUGUACCAGGGCAAAGGAGAUUGACCUGACCUGGACCGGGACCUGGACCAGGGCCUGGACCUGGACCGGGACUUGGACCUGGAACACCUGAGGGCGGCAGACUAACACAUACACACAGGCCUCAUUGCCCAGCUGCCGCUGCUGAGUUGCCGUGGCGAUGUUCCGCCGCAAGAAAAAGAAGCGGCAGCUGGAGAUCUCGGCACCGAAGGACUUCCAGCACCGGGUCCACACAUCGUUUGACGUUGUCACGGGACAGUACGUGGGUUUGCCGCCGCAGUGGCAAAGCCUGAUUGAAACGCUGAAGAGGCCACGCCCCCUGGUGGACCCGUCCAGGAUCACAGAUGUUAACCUUGGGCCCAAGAAGAAUAUCGUUCGUGGCAGCUUCAUCGGUCACGGUGACUAUAUCAGUCAUGUGAUCUCUGAGAUGAGCCGUCUGUCUGCCACCAGCUCCAACUCCCUGCGCCGUGGCAGCCCGUCAGCACGGAGACGGGCACGGUCAAUGGGUCGUCUGGGAGAGCUGCCAGAGGUAGAGCACUACCAGUACGAAGAGAUUGGUGGUCGCAGCAACAGCACGAAGGACGGCGGGCGCUCAACCUACUGGCAGGACCGGAUUCGACAGGUGCGCAGCGAGAGCGGCAGCCCCAAACUGAACGGAGCCCUGCCAAAAGCCAAGUCCACGUGCCAGGUGAACUCUCCGUCUGAGCCCACGCCCACAGAACCUCAGAGACCAGGUGACCCAGGGAGACAGUUCACCCACAGUGAGGCAGCAGGGCAAAGAAAGAGGCCAACUUCCUGUCUCUACAACCUGCAGACGACAGAGAGCAGCAGGGCUCACCUGAGGACAGGCACAGGUCCUAGUCACCUGCCCGACCUGCUGUCGUCCUCAGGAAGGCCACACUCGUCCUACGACCUCAAGCUGCCCCCACCCAACAGCUCCAGCAGUCCCGUCAUCACAGGUAGAGUGUUACCUCCACCCUCACAUGGCUCCUCCCCCAACGUCAGUGUUCAUAAAAGAACUGCACCUCCCACACCUCGGGUCAGCCCCGCCAUGUCACGGCCCUCCCCCACCAGCUCCCCGGCUCUGCCCCAGUCCUCCGCCCCUCAGACCAGACCUGAUGGAGGUCCGCAGAAGGUGACACAUGAGCAGUUCAAGGAAGCACUGCAGAUGGUGGUGGACCCAGGCGACCCAAGGAAGACUCUGGAGAACUUUGUGAAGAUAGGCGAGGGCUCCACAGGUGUUGUGUGCAUCGCCCGUGAGAGGCAGAGUGGCCGCCAGGUGGCAGUAAAGAUGAUGGACCUGAGGAAGCAGCAGCGCAGAGAACUGCUCUUUAAUGAGGUGGUGAUCAUGAGGGACUACCAGCACCCGAACGUGGUGGAGAUGUUCCGCAGUGCUCUGGUGGAGGAGGAGCUGUGGGUCAUCAUGGAGUACCUGCAGGGCGGCGCUCUAACGCACCUCAUCAGCGAGGCCAGGUUGGACGAGGAGCAGAUGGCGACCGUGUGUGAAGGUGUCCUGCAGGCGCUGGCCUACCUGCACUCUCAGGGAGUCAUUCAUCGAGACCUCAAGAGCGACUCCAUCCUGCUCGCGCUGGACGGCAGGAUCAAGCUGUCAGACUUUGGUUUCUGUGCUCAGAUCAGUAAAGACGUCCCAAAGAGGAAGUCUCUGGUUGGGACGCCGUAUUGGAUGGCUCCUGAGGUGAUCUCCAAAACCCCGUACAGUACUGAGGUGGACGUGUGGUCUCUGGGGAUAAUGGUGGUGGAGAUGGUGGAUGGAGAGCCCCCGUAUUUCAAUGAAACACCCAUGAACGCCAUGAAGAAGCUGCGGGACGAGGCAGCACCGAGCGUCAGGAAAAUCCAGAAGGUGUCUCCGGUUUUGAAGGAUUUCCUGGACUGCAUGUUGACUCGUGACACGCUGCAGCGCAGCAGCGCCGUUGACCUGUUGGAGCACCCGUUCCUGCUGCAGGCGGGUCCCCCGAGGUGCCUGGUGCCGCUGGUGGAGCAGUACCGCAAACGAAUGUCACUGUGCUAAACACCUGAGAGGGGCCCGGCUACAACCGAGACUGACCCUGAUACAGGCCAGAAAUAAAAAUGUUUAAAUCCAUAUUCAAAUCUUGAAUAUCCAUAUCGAAUCAGCCAGCAAAGUAUUGUGAUAUAUUGACAUAUCGAUAUUUUUGCCCACCCCUAACGAGACUGACCCAGAUACGGCUGAAACUGACCCGGGUACUGCUGAAACUGACCCGGGUACUGCUGAAACUGACCCAGAUACAGCUGAAACUGACCCGGAUACUGCUGAAACUGACCCGGGUACUGCUGAAACUGAACCGGAUACAGCCGAAACCGAUCCGGAUACUGCUGUGACUGACCCGGAUGAGGCUGAAAAUCACCUGUAAUCACCUCUGAGACAAAAAAAAAACCAUUGCAGGACUGAGGUCCUGCUGCAGGCCGGUGUGCUGACCUACAACAGCUGAUCCAUGAACACAGCUGCCACCUGGGGACAGGAAAUGAUAUCAGAACAAACAGAAGUUUUAACAGCUGUUUACCUGCAACUCACCGCUGACUUCCUGUUGAGUCUUUUCUGACUCUAAAAUGCAGUUUGAACUUUAAACCCUUCAACUUCCUUCUUAUUUCCUCCAAUUGUCUUUUAUGUGUUUUAUUUAAAUGUUUAAAAAAUUUAAGCAUUUCAGGGUCAAAUAAA